AUGACACCGCUGGACGGUGUGAAUAGCCCUCCGAAUCCCGUGCGCCCACCGGGGAUGCACGAACACUCACCGCUGCGGCCCAGAGCGGACGAAGAUGUGUCCCUAUCGCAGGAGCGACUGGUGCGCACGCAGCUCCAACAGCUGGGACUCGAGGCAGUUGAUGAUCUGCCGAGUCCCUACCGAGAGGAUCGCCACCCCGUGCAUACCAACAAUCUCAUGCAGAGUCCUUCUGUUGCCAUCACGUCGGCGCCACGCAUGUCAGGCACACCCUCAACAUCCAUGUCGCCGAUGCAACAGCGUUGGGCGUCACGAGGCGCAUGGGCCCCAUCAAUGGACACAGUGGAUGUCCAAAGCUCCCCUAGUCGUGGCGGUGUAUCCUCGUCGCCCUGGGAUGCCAACCCACCGACGCUUGGGCCUGCCAUGUCUGCAUCACGUCCGCUCGGCAUGGCCAGCGGCGCCAGUACAGCGUCGUCGGCCUCAGCGAAUGCUAUGCGGCUGCAUCCGAUGCCUAGUGGUGAUCUCAAUGUCUCGUUCCGUUUCCCAUCCUCUACACCUACCUAUGUCCCAGCCACCGAGGAGCCUGUGUUGUCUGAUCCUGCCCAACUUGGCCGUGAGUCCCUGCGAUGGGGAUCGUCGGCCAUGCCAUUGCUCCCGCCCCUCCCGCCCCUUUCGUUUGGCGGUCUGGAUCCGAGGCGCAGCGAUCAGGGCGUGUCGCACCGGCGCAUUCACUCUGACACGGGAGCAUUCCAAGCCGGUCCUCGAACGCCAUGGUCCCCGCCCUCCGGCCCUGCGUCAUCGCGUCCGGCUGGAGGCAUGACUGCGGGGCAAGAUCGAUCGGUACAACUGGCCCCGAAUUUCUCGUUUCCACCGCGCCAUGCGCAGGAGAGCACAGGCCCUGCGCUCGUGCCUCCGGCUACGACUGCGCAAAGCAGCCAUGGCACUGGCAGCCAUGCUGCCAUCACGCCGCGCCCCCUUCGUAGCGCAAGUGCGCACAGGGCGCCGUCGCAUACUCGGCAUGCAUCGUACCAGCUUUCUACCGAGUUGUCGCCUGAGUUCCUCAUGGCCGGUGGCGGUAUUGUGAACCUCGCCACGCUGGGCUUGAGUCAUGCGUGGACUGACAAUGUCGAGACCAUGGAAUCGAACGAUCGUCAGCCUGCCUCGCGGCAGCAACACCAUCGAUCGAGCAGCAUGUCGAGUACGCCAUGGCCUAUCCCGACGCAGGACGAGCUCAUGGCUGGUCUUCCACAGGCGCAAGCGCAGCUGGCCGCGCUGCAUCGAAGUCGGCAGCAAUUGGGUCCUGCGAUGCAUCAUCGUGCAGCGUCGCAUGGCCGUUCAGCGAGCAUGGGCUCACAGUCGGGCCUUGGUGCAUCGGGUGGCGCACAGCGUCGUGCGCUGUUUGGCAGCUAUCUUCCGCAAUCGAGUUUGCCCUACCUGCUGUUGGCCGGUAAGUUGGUCGUGGGUGUCUUGCGGAUCAACCAACGCAACCGCAGCGAUGCGUGGGUCACGACAGAAGUGCUGGGCUGUGACAUCUUUAUUAGCGGCUCGAAAGAUCGCAAUCGUGCCCUGGAAGGCGACUUGGUCGCGGUGGAGCUGCUGGAUCCGAAAGAGGUAUGGCAGACCAAGCGCGACAAGGUCGACAAGAAGAAGCGGAAGGAGCAUUCACAUGGCGCGUCGUCCACGACGUUGAUGGCGCCCAUUGCUAGCCGCCGAGCGGACAAGGCACGCGAUGAUAUCGACGUCGAAGGCGCGCGGCUGGACCUCAUUGACGAUGAGGAGGAGAGUGAGUCCGCGCCGCCGGCCUUGGCUGGCCAUGUCGUGGCGAUUGUCGAGCGUAUACCAGGCCAGAUGUUCCCUGGCACGCUGGGUCUGCUUCGUCCUAGCAGUGCUGCGACCAAGGAGAAACAGCAGGCCGAGCGAGGGGGCGACGAUGACGAGUCGUCGACUGCGAGUCCUACGCGGCCGAAGAUUGUGUGGUUCCGUCCGUCGGACAAGCGUGUGCCGCUGAUUGCCAUUCCCGCCGACCAAGCACCCAAUGAUUUCUGGAGCGAGGCGAAGCAGGAAGAGUACAGUCGCUGCCUGUUUGUCGCCUGCAUCAAGCGAUGGCCGAUCACGUCGUUGCAUCCGUUUGGCUCGUUGGUUGAUCGCCUUGGCCCUAUCCAUUCCUUGCAGGCGGAAUCGCAGGCGCUCCUGCGUACACACUGCCACAAUGUCACAGUACCAUGGACCGAGGCGGCGCUUCGUGUAGCGCCACCUACGUCCAUCACCAGCACCGAGCGCGCUGCGCGACGUGCGUUCGAGGCUGUGGCGUUGAUGCCUUCGCGUGGGCCGUGCGAGGCUGCCUACUCCGUGGUGUGGUCGGACGAGGCGUGUGCGUGGGAAGUGGGCAUUCAUACCACUGACGUUGUGGCUUUGUGCCCGCCUGGCUCGGCGCUGGAUCGGGAAGUGCGGCAGCGUGCGGCUGCCGUGUCGCUCGUCGAAGAGGAGUAUGCCAUGUGGCCUGACUCGAUCCUGGCGUGUGCGUCUAUGGAGACACAACGUGAGACACGCACCUUCUCGGUCGUCUUCACGCUCCGACAAGGUGCGUGCGUGGACGUGUGGGUCGGCCGAAGUCUUGUGCAGAUCACACAGACUGUGUCUUCGCCGGCCGCCUGGCUUGCGUCACUCUCUGAUCAGGCCCGUGCGUGUGUGGAUGCGUUUGCCUGCACGCAUCGCGAGGCGCGCUUGGUCCGCGGAGCGCUAUGCCUGCCGCCGCUGGCGCACCUAUCGUUCACGCUGGAUGCUAAGAAUGAGCCGGACGAUGUAUACGCGGUGUGUGAUACGUCGCAUGCAGCGAUGGUUCUGGACGAAUGGCGUAUCCAGGCGAACACCGCCGUAGCUCAUACGCUGGCUGUGGCGCUGCCAGACACAGCUUUGCUUGUGCAGCAGGCGCUGCCCAGUGAACGUGCGAUGGCCGAGUUGACGGCGGCAUGGGCUUCGCUUUGCCCAGCGCGUCCCUUGGACACGUAUUCCCUCGCAGACGCAUGGGCCUACGUACGCACGCAAGGCACCGACGCGAUGCAAGAGGUCGGUGCGGCUCUGCUACGCAAGGCCUUGCCGCCGCCCAAGCUGUUCUGCCCGACCUUGGUCGACAUGGCCAAGUUCUUGCAUGUGGGCACUGCGGAACCCAUCUAUACCGACUAUUUACAUCCACUACGUCGGUACUCGGAUGUGUGCAUACAGCGACAGCUGGACGCUGUAUGCCAGCACCGUGUCGCUGAUCUUGGCGAGCCCGCGGAGAUGCUGGCCAAGGCUGCGCAGCAAUGCUAUUCGAAGAACCGUGCUGCAUGGACGGCCAUGCGGCAAAGUGAGCACUUAUUCCUGUGCCGAUACCUACAAAACGAUGUGGCCCGCCAGCUCGUUCCACGCCGUGCCCUCGUGAUGACCGUAAGCGAGGCUUCGUUCGAUAUUAUAAUUCCUUCUUUGACGGUCCAAAAACGCAUGCAUCUUGACUGCCUCCCGCUCGAGCAUGUACAGUACGAUGCAUCACAGUCCUCGCUCUCCCUGCAGUGGCGUCGCGAGACGCACCCGCUGACGUGGCUUGCGCAGUCGAUUGACGAUGCACAAUGUGCUGCGCUAUGGGAGACGUACAAGGACCAGCUGCCAUGGCCGCCUGCGUCGCUUCACACGCACAUUCAGCCUUUGGCGGAGCUGCGUGUGUUGGUCCUCUCAGAUAUGGAGAAGAGUCCCUCGAUUCUCAAGGUGGUCAUGGCUGCGUAA